AUGUUUUCAAAAUCUCAUGAUGUCUCUUCUGAGUGUUUUAACAAUGCAUCUUUCAGUAGCAUUGAUGUUUUAUGGGAGACAACUAAGCCAAAGUCUCUUAUCAUAUUCGGUAUCAUCAAGAACAUAUUUACUGGUUUUGGUUGGUACUACAUGACAUGUCCAACGUGUUUGCAUGAGGCUACUAUGGAGAUUGAGGAAUAUCUUCCACUUGAUGGUUCUUUUGAUUCUAAGAAAUAUGAAGUUUAUCACUGCUCUAACUAUGAAUGUUUUGAACACAUCAUAAAACCUCUUCCGAAAUUUAAGAUCAAAAUUGAAGUUGAGGACGAUACUGAUUCAACUCAUCUUAUAUUAUUUCAUGAUCAAGCUGUACAGGUUUUGAAUAAAUCUGCUGCUGAAUUGCUAAAAGAUAAUGAAUCGAUCGAUGAAUAUUUAACAUUUCCAAAGGAGAUUAAAUCUUUGGUUGGGAAGUUGUUUGCUUAUAAGAUUCAAGUUACCCAUGAAAAUAUCGAAAAAUUUGAUGAAGUUUAUGAUAUCACUGCGAUAAGCAGCGAUUAUUCUGUUAUUUCCCAUGUUAAAAAGAGCCUUUUGACUAAACAGGAGGAGAAUAUCGCAAAAGGUAAACGUAAUCUCUAUGAGCUGUACGACGUUGAUCCAGCAUUUCCGAGUUGUUCUACAAAGCGUCCUAUUAUCAGAACUCCUCUUUCAGAUAUCUCAAAUGUUGAUUCACCUGCUGAAAGACGUAAGCUUCGAAAAAUAAUACUUGAUAACAAGAGAUCAAAGAAAUCGUCAUCAUCAACAAAUGUUCCUAACAUAUUGCCUGAGAACAUAAGUUCGCUGCAGUCUUCUAAUAAUAACAAGAGAUCAAAGAAAUCGUCAUCAUCAACAAAUGUUCCUAACAUAUUGCCUGAGAACAUAAGUUCGCUACAGUUUUCUAAUAAUAACAAGAGAUCAAAGAAAUCAUCAUCAUCAUCAACAAAUGUUCCUAACAUAUUUCCUGAGAACAUAAGUUCGCUGCAGUCUUCUAAUAAUAUUGAUCGCAAUAUAUACUCCUUUUCUCCUCAUAGAAGUAUAAACCAUACAAGUUCAUUAGUUUCAACCAUAACAGAUAACUCCAGAACCAAAUCCACACCGUCAAAUGAAAAUUGUCGAUAUUCCAUUUCUCCUCGCAUCAAUAUUAGUAACAAUCAAGUGGUAUUUGGUACUACUUCUACAAUUACAAGGUUGUCUUCUGGUAAACGUAAGCUUGAGCACAAGAAACGUGAUACCACUCCUAUACCUAUGGUUAAUUUGGAUUCCGAUGAAGAUGAUGUUGUUUUAGUUAGAGUGGACGACCCUUAUAAAGGGGUAUCUAAAGAUUAUUUGGACCAUGGUGACCAAGUUCUUACAUGCCAAAUCUGUAGUGCAAAGUUAUGGACAUCAGAAGGUGGAAAAGGUCGAAUAACUAUUAAUAAGCUGUGUUAUGGUAUGUGUUUUGGGUAUGGUAAAGUUGAGCUACCGCCUUUAAAGGAUGCGCAUCCGUCUUAUCAAAAUUUGUUUUCUUCCACAAAUGAAAAAAGCAAGUUUUUCCAGAAGAAUAUUAGACGAUACAACUCUAUGUUCUCUUUUACAUCUAUGGGUGGAAAGGCUGAUUCUACUAUUAACAAGGGCAGCGCUCCAUUUAUAUAUCGUAUAAGUGGCCAAAACUAUCAUUGCAUCGGUAGUCUUAAACCUUCUAAUGGAAAUCAACCUCAGUUUUGUCAGCUAUACAUAUAUGACACUGAAAAUGAAAUAACAAACAGACAGACAUUAUUCGGGAAAACAAGCAAACCUUCGUCCUCUAAUGAUAAAGAGCUUGAUGUUGAAAUGAUACAGUAUUUGAGGAAUUUAUUAGAUUCAGAAAAUAUGUUGGUUAAGACAUAUAGGAUGGUCAGAGACCAUUUUCACGAAUCCCCAGAGGCCAACCUUAAACUCCGUCUUAUGUAUAAAAGAGAAAAAGAUGGCAGAAUAUAUAACUUACCAACCACGUCUGAAAUUGCUGCUUUGGUUGUCGGAGACAUAGAUAAAGCUAUAGAUCAUCGUGAUAUUCUUGUGGAGACUCAGUCUAGAAUGCUCCAGCGUAUUAGUGAAUUACAUCCAUCAUAUCUUGCUUUGCAAUAUCCGUUGCUAUUCCCAUAUGGUGAUGAUGGAUAUAGAAUUGAUAUUCCCCAUAGAGAUUUCAUUGCGACACAAAAGAAAAUAAAGCCAAAGUGCACCAUGAGAGAAUUUUUUAAGCAUAAAGCUAAAGGUAAACAAACUUUAAAAGACACUGGAAAGGCUGUUAUACUACCUUCUUCAUUUACUGGAGGUGCAAGAUUCAUGCAACAAAACUACCUUGAUGCAAUGGCCUUAUGUAAGUCGUUUGGGUAUCCAGAUUUCUUCAUAACUAUAACUUGUAAUCCAAAAUGGCCAGAAGUAAAGAGAUUUCUAAAAGAUUCCACCAUCAAAGCUGAAGACAGGCCUGACAUAUUGUGUCGAUUGUUUAAAAUUAAGCUUGAUUCCAUACUCAAAGAUUUGAAGGAUUCCAAUUAUCUCGGUGAGAUUAAUGCUGUUGUUUAUACGGUAGAAUUCCAGAAGCGUGGUCUUCCUCAUGCACAUAUAUGCUUAUUUAUGAAUGUCGAUCACAAACUUCCUACUGUAGAUCACAUAGAUCCAUUCAUAUCCGUUGAGAUUCCUGAUAAAAAUGAAGAUCCGGAACUUUAUUCCUUGGUAAGUGAUUAUAUGAUUCACGGUCCAUGUGGAAAUGCUAAUUUGAAUUGUCCUUGCAUGGUUGAUAAAAGAUGUUCAAAAAACUUUCCAAAGAAAUUUUCACCACAUAAAACUGUUGAUUCAAGUGGUUUCCCUGUAUACCGAAGACGAGAUUCCGGUCACACAGUUAUAAAAUCUGGUGUUAGUUUGGACAACAGAAGCGUUGUUCCAUAUAACAAAAGGCUUCUAAAAAGAUAUCAAGUACACAUCAAUGUAGAAUGGUGUAAUCAAUCUGGUUCAGUUAAAUAUUUGUUCAAGUACAUUAAUAAAGGCCCUGAUAUGGCUACUGCGGUUGUUUCUGGUGUUCCAAAUCCAACCAUUAAGGAUAAGCCAAAAGAUGAGAUCAUGGAAUAUUAUGAUUGCAGAUAUAUUUUAGCUUGUGAGGCAUCAUGGAGAAUAUUCUCAAACGAGGUUCAUUAUAGGUAUCCUGCAGUUAUGAGGCUUCCCUUUCAUAUGCCGGGUCAACAGAAUGUUGUAUAUGGUGCGGAUGACGAUAUUGAUAAUGUUUUAAGCAAGCCUUCUGUUGCUUCUUCAAUAUUUGUUGAAUGGAUGAAAUUAAACGAGUCAAAUGAAAAUGCUAGAAAGUUGACUUAUGUCGAGUUUCCUUCCAAAUUUGUUUGGAAACCUCAAGAUAGAUCUUGGCAGGUACGUAAGACGUACCAAACUGUUGGUCGUAUACAUUCUGUGUCUCCUGAAUUAGGCGAACCUUAUUUUUUGAGGAUACUUCUGAAUAAAGUUAGAGGUCCUAGAUCCUUUGAGGAAAUACGUACUGUUAACGGUCAGUUAUUCCCGACUUUUAGAGAUGCUUGCUAUGCAAUGGGGCUCUUAGAUGAUGACAAUGGAUAUGUUGAGGCCAUUAAAGAAGCAAGUUUUGAAGGACAUGCUGGGUAUCUCCGACCGUUAUUUGCUACCUUGCUGUUGUCAAAUACACUUUCACGACCAGAGUUUGUGUGGGAGAACACGUGGAAAUACUUAGCAGAUGAUAUUUUAUACAGACGUCAAAAAGAAACAAAUAUUCAAGGUUUACUUCUUCCUGAACAUCAAAUUAAAAACCUUACUUUGUUGGAAAUUGAAAAAUAUUUACUUUCGAAUGGUUCGUCGUUACGAGGAUUUAACACGAUGCCUUUCCCUGAUGAUGAUUCGUUACGUGAUGCUACUAAUCGUCUAAUCAAUGAAGAGCUAUCACAUGACGUAGAUCAAGUACAAGCUGAAUUUAAUAAUUUGCACCAAUGUUUGACAGAUGAACAACGAUCUGUUUUUGACGAAAUAAUGGCGGCAGUUGCAAGCCGUAAAGGAGGGUUAUUUUUCGUCUAUGGUUACGGUGGAACUGGAAAAACGUUUUUAUGGAAGACUUUGUCUUCAGCAGUUCGAUGUAGAGGUGAGAUAGUUUUAAAUGUUGCUUCAAGUGGCAUUGCUUCGUUAUUACUUUCUCGUGGAAGGACAGCCCAUUCUCGCUUCCAUAUCCCAAUUAAUCUCACUGAAGAUUCCAUGUGUCAUAUUAUGCCAAAUAGUGAUAUCGCGAAAUUAUUAAAGGAAACUCAAUUGAUCAUAUGGGACGAAGCAUCGAUGGUCCAUAAACAUGCCUUUGAAGGUUUAGAUAGGACGAUGUCUGACGUAUUUUCUGACGGUAGGAGUAUUCGUUCUGAUGUUCCGUUUGGAGGGAAAGUUUUUGUAUUUGGCGGUGACUUUAGACAAAUCCUACCAAUUAUUCCUAAUGGUACUAGACAACAAAUAGUUUGUGCUUCUUUAAGCUCUUCAUAUAUAUGGUCAAAGUGCAAACUGUUAAGGUUGACUAAAAACAUGCGCCUAACAAUUGGAGCUGAAAGUUCUGAUAUGGACUCUAUCAGGGAUUUUGCGAAAUGGCUGCUUGAUAUUGGUGAAGGUAAGUUGGGAGAUGAUAACGAUGGUGAAGCAAUUAUUCAGAUACCAGAUGAUCUAUUAAUCACCGAUAAUUCUGAUCCAAUACAAAGCUUAAUUGACUUCGUCUACCCUUCAAUUAUGGAACAAUUUCGGAAUCCUGGUGAUGCUAAAGAGUAUUUGAGUUCCGAUAGCAUAUGUCAAACUAAACAAAUGCUUGAUUCAUUUCAAGAAGGUUUAUACUCAACAGAGAACUUGAAUGCUCUUAAGAUUUCUGGCUUGCCUAAUCAUAGAUUAGUUCUUAAAGUUGGUGUUCCUGUCAUGCUUCUCCGAAACAUCGAUCAACAAAAAGGUUUAUGUAACGGUACAAGGCUAAAAAUUACUUUUCUAGGCAAACGGGUAAUAAAAGCUGAAGUGAUAUCUGGCGAUUGUUUUGCCAUGACAAUUAACAAGAGUCAAGGACAAUCCUUAUCAAAAGUUGGUCUGUAUUUGAAAGAUCCUGUGUUCACUCAGUUGUACGUUGCAUUAUCAAGGGUCAAGACCAGAGAAGGAGUUAAAAUAUUGAUAUUCGAUGCCGAUGGAAAACCAACAAAUAAGACGUCUAAUGUCGUCUAUAAAGAAGUCUUUGGUAGCUUAUAA